AUGAGAGAGAGAUCCAUACGAAUCGUUAAAAGAAAAGUUUCACCCUCGGUUAGAAUUCAUUUGACGAAUGGAUUUUCCGGUGGAAAUUAUGCGAGAAAAUACAGUUACGGUAAUAAACCGUUUCCGGUUAAUAAUCAACAUCCUCGAGAAUAUUAUCAUAAUAGACCGAAUAAGAAAUAUUUCGGUAAAAGAGAUGGAAGAAACGGUUCGAAAAAUUAUGCCAACGGUUACAGAACGUGGGGGCCUCCUAAUAGGGGACACAAUGGAAAAUACAAUUUGAGAAUUGAUCAGGGUAAAAGAGGAGUUCAAUCGCCGUAUCGAAAAGAUCCAUAUCCGUUCGUGCGAGAUCCGAUAUAUAAAAACGUUAAGAAAAGACCGCUGAGAGGAAAUCAGUUGUUGCAAAGGCCGAAACCUCCGAGAGCUCUGAACGAAUUCGACGACGAUUAUUAUUUUCCGGAAGAAGCAAACAAAGUUGACAACAAACAUGAAUUCGAGGCGGCGGAUUCGAAAUCUAAAAAAAGAAGAAAGAAUGUUCCGGAAAUAUACAAAAGACCGGAAUACAAAGGGGGGUCUCCAUCUUCUUAUCAGUUCGGUGAUAAAAAACCGGGAUAUUUUCGUAAGAAAAUAAAAGAUACCGGUCCCGCGUCGUAUGGAUCGUUUACCCAACAAACGAGCAACAACAACAACGAUGAAGAUUACAACGAUGACGAAGCGGAAGGUUCGCAACAAAAUAAAGAUGAAGAUUAUCAAUCGGAACAAAUCGGAGAAGACGGAAAUGACGGGUAUCAUCAGGCAUCCUACGUCGACGAUUACGAUCCAACGGAAAGAAGUUCGAAAAAACAAAGUAAAAAAUCAUCGUCCUACGAAACAAACGAAGAAAAUCAAAAAAAUUACAGAGCGAAAACACAACAACAACAACAACAACAGCACUUGAACAACCCUCUGUCAUCGACUCCGGAAUCGCACGCUGGAAAUUUUAAACAAAAUUCACAAGACAACAACUCUCCAUUCUCCCCAUCGUAUUCACCACCGUGGUCUCAAGUGGUAGGUUCGACAGCUCAACCUCCAAUACCCUCCUCCUACAACACCAUAAACAGGUACCAACUACCACAGUAUCAAAAUCAAUACCCUCCAAUCAACAAUCCUCCACCCAAUUCCUAUCCCUUCCUAUCACAAAAUCCACAAUACAACAACUACCCUCAAAAUCAAUACAAUUACCAAACUCAAACUAAUCAAUUCGGUUACAACCAACAACAACAACAACCCCAAAACUAUUUAAACUCGCAACAAAUACAAUCAUCGUCCACUCAACAAACUAAUUAUUAUUCACCACCACAAGACAACACUUAUAAAAAUUUUAUUGUUAAUUCUCAAUACGGUACUGCAUCGUCACAAUCAAACGAUAAUCCACCGCCAUCUAUCACAUCUUCUUACGCUUAUCAAACGUUUCCGACAAACGGUUUAGUAAAAAAAAAUCCCUUUGAAGGAACCGAAAGUUUUUACAACAACAACAACAAUAAUUACUACGUUAAAAGCCAAAGUCUUAGUUAUCUCGAUAACAGUCAUAAAUACAGCAGUAGUACCCGUUUAUCAGUGCCGUAUCAAAACUCUCAGACAAAAAUCGCUUCGGAUGAUGAAAAUGAUUUUUUAAAAAAACAUCAAAAUCUUUAUAACAAGGGAGUUUCCGGUAUUCCGAUACAGGGUGACGGAUACGGUAAAGAUCCCCCGAAAAAAGAUUACGAUAUCGGUUACGGGGAUUUUCAAUUCGACGAAAAUCCCACGACGUAA